GUGUAGUGGACCAUGACGAUGAUAAAGCUUCUUCUCGCUUCCCUCCUUGCCGGUCUUGUAACUGCCUACGUUACGCCCUCGAGGACUUUCGGGGCUCGGCCGUCGACCAAGCUUUACGAAAAUUUCGGAUUGGGAGUUGGCGAGGAUACGUACAAAAACCAGGUAGAGCAAUUGGGAGGUGAGGCAAACUACAAGCAGUGGGUGAACAAAGUCCAGGACAACUCGUUUCUAAACCGAAAGUACAAUGUUGUUCGACGUGUGCGCGAAUUGGAUUUACUCGGAAAGACUGCGGACCAGGGUAUCCUCUCCAAGUUAGAAGCCCAGGGCCUUAGUUUAGAGAAGAUUGAGCAAAUCCUUCCCGCUCUUGAAAAGGCUGGAGCCCUAAGUUUGGUAGGAAACAAUCAGCAGCUACUUGUCAACGGCCUAGCUCCCGUUGUUAUCGAAGGAGCUCCGAUUUUGCUACCGCUUGUCUCCGCUGCCAUUGGUGCAGGUCCUUCUGCAUUUUUUGCGGCUGCCGCCACUUCCGGUGCUAUCGAGUUCUACCUGCUCGCGAAUAAUGUCGAGAUUCCUUUGAUUGGGCUUCCGGCAGGUGUUCUUUUUGGGCUUUUGCUCGUACCGUUGACCCUUGCUUCUGCCGGAGCCGGUAUCGCUUUGGCCUCGCUCAAGGACUAAAUGUAAGCUACUAUUUGCUAUAGCAAAUGAGACUUUCGAAAAAUCAGUCUAGGUUACAUGAAGCUCAUUUCAUGUAGCUGCUCCCGAAAAAGUCAUCAAUGCCCGUUCUUCUAGUUUCUGCUAUCGAGAUAGAAGAUAGAGUCAUGAAUUACUUUAC